AAAGACAGUGAGGUCCAGAGAAGGACCCACCUCUUUUCCCAGCAGCAAUAGGAUGGAGGUGAUGCUGUUAUGGUGUUGUUCCAGGGGAGGUGUUUGAGAGCCAUGGGGAGGUGGCACCUGAGGCCAUGGUCAAUGAGCUCAAUGAGAUGGGCUGGGGUUGGUCUGGGGAUCUGAGAGGUGUUUUCCAGCCUUAAUGGCUCUAUGGACCAUCAGUGGGAGCGGUGGGGAUGGGCUGAUGGAUGGACUCGCUGGUCUCAGAUGUCUUUUCCAACCUCAGUGGUUCUAUGAGCUGGAUGGAAAGGGGAAGCGACGUGCACAUCCCAUCCACCACCUUCAGAAUGCCAUUGGCCCUGCAGGGUCCAUCUGUCUGUGACAUCCUGAGCAGGGACACAGAUGGGGGCUCUGACAGCUCAGUGCUGGAAGGGCUGGGCAAGGCCCUGGGGGCUAAAGAUGGGAGAGGAGACAGGGCAGAGCAGCUCUCCUUCCUGCAGAAUGGCCAGAGGUUGACGCAAGUUCCAGGAGAGAAUGUGAGGGUUUGAGGAGGGGAAACCCAGCGUGAAAUUCUGAACAUACAGAAACUGUGAGCAACUGGAGGGAACAGGAUGCCUGCCCUGUUCUCAGAGCUUCCACUCAUUCCUGUCUGCCACAGGGAGGAGGUGGCUGGAAGCUGCUCCAGCCCUGGCUCUGUGUGCCCACACACUCCCUGCCCUCACCUGGAGGAGCUGAUGCCACCACGGCACCGUGGGGAAAGCAAGAAGGAUCCACAGCUCUACAGUCUGCUGACAGCUCCUAUCAACCAGCACAUCAGCGAAUGAAGGGCCUGCAACUGCUGCAGCUGCUUAUCUGCGGCUGUGAGACAAAUCUCUGUUGCUUUGUCACGUCAGGGUUUUCCUUGCUGCUCUGCCUGCAGCAGACUUUGCACGAGAAUGACGGCUCUUUGCUCUAGAAGGGGCAGCAGGGAAAGUGCAUUUCCCAGCACUCAGCAUCAGACCCGAUUCGUCAUCAGCGAAGGAAGGAACUGCCACUUUGGGCCAUAACCCCUCCCAUAGGGCUGGAGGGUGGGCAGCAUCCCAAACCCGCAUCCCUCCCCCAUCCACAGAUGCUGGAUCUGGGCAGCAUCUUUCUGAGCCCUCACAUCCCAGCUGCUGGAGGAGCAGUGAAAGGUUGUUUCAUGGGGAACCACAUGUGGAUCCAAGUCUAUUAGAGCCCAGUGGAGAAGUGUGAAGUCCAAUGGAAGCAAGCUCAGUAGAGACAAGGCUGGUAGAGUAGAACUAAGCCCAGCAGAGCCCAGUAGAAUGGAAGGGAAUCGUUCAGCUGGGAGGGAUGUACCAGGAUCACUGAGUCCAAUGUCCUGAUCACUUCAGGGCUGAUCAAAACUCAAAGCACUUUAUGAUGGGCAUUGUCCAACAGCUUUGCACUGAGGGCCUCAUUGGGAAGCCUGGUCCGUGUCUGAGCAGCCAAACUGGAAAGAACACAUAGAGGGGUGCUGGUUUCCAGGGCUCCAAAGCAGCAGAGCAGGGAGCUCGUGGUGCCAGCAGUGACGUUGUUCCUUGCCCUCAGCCGGCCAUAAUGAACGUGCUGUAUUGGGGGUUGCUCCUUGGGCUCCAAGAAGCAGCAGGAAGAACCUCAUGGCACUAUUGGAGUUGGUACAUCACGUCAAAGAGAGCUUGGUUUUGCACGGCUCGUGAUAACAUCGAGAGAUGCAAAGGAUGUUGUUGCAAAAAACAACAACACAAGCUGCAGGGGAAGGCAAGGUGAUGGGGUGGGCGUGCUCCCUACAGCCCCCAGCUUAGAGGCAAAGGGAUAAUGCUGCCUUUGGGUCCAGGAGGGCUCCAGGUGCCCCAAACCCGCCCCAAAUGGAGGUGGGUUGUUGCCCAAAGCCGCCUGAAUUCCCCUCUUGGAUCGCUGAGGUUUGCACUUUGCAGGCAGAUUAAUCAGAUCAAGUGCGACCUCUGUGGUUUCCUGGAGUCUGGUCUCAGGGUAUAAAUCCUUCCUGAGGGCAGGAAGAGACCCCACUCACAGCCUCAGCCCUGGGCGUCCUGGAGGCCAUGCAGCACCCACAGAGGCUCCUGCUGACCGUCCUGCUGCUGGCGUGGCCCCUGGACACAGCUGGUCGUUCCUGGAGCCGGUUGGAGCGUGGGGGCCGGGCUCUGGCUCAAUCCAGGCCCUACAUGGCUUAUCUGCGGGGGAACGGUGGGUUCUGCGGGGGCUUCCUGGUGGCCCCCGGGUGGGUGAUGACGGCCGCACAGUGCUUCAGCCGCAGCCCCACGAGCGUCAUCCUCGGAGCCCGCGACAUCCAGACGAAGGAGGAGAGCUGGCAGGAGCUGCAGGUGCAGGGAUAUCACUGCCACCCCGACUACAGGAGGCCCCAGUGGGGGCACGACAUCCUGCUGCUGGAGCUGAAAAGCAAAGCGACCAUCAAUGAGCGCGUGAAGCCCAUCUCCUUCUCCAGCACAAACGCUCACAGAGGGGCGCUGUGCAGCGUGCCCGGGUGGGGGCGCGGAGCCCCCGAUGCCGCCCUCCGUGAGGCCAAUGUCACCAUCAAAAAGGAGAGGGAGUGUGUCAGCAUCUACCCCGGCCUCACCGAGGACGUUCUGUGCGCCACCAGCGGCAGCAGCGGCGCCCCCGAUGAGAGCUACACCGGGAGUCCCCUGGUGUGCAACAACAAAGCCUACGGGAUCUACUCGUACCCCUACGGGCAGCACGUGUCGUUCUACACCAACAUCGCGACCUACGAGUCCUGGAUCAAACGCGUCAUGAAAUCCUGAGGGGCAGCAGCUCACCCCGACGUUCUCCAUCCCCCCCCAUAUCACAGCCCCAUUUGCAGGGUGGGCUGCGAACCCAAUGGGGGGCUGCGGCUCUGGGGACCCAGCGAGCUCCUCCCCCCCCCCCGCCGUGCAGCCGGUUCCAUUCACCGCCCCGUUGUGCCAUCCCCCAUCCUCCAUCCUCCCUCCAUCACCUCCCCGCUCCCUUCACCCCCCUCCCGCUCUGUUGUAGUAAAGACACAAAGCCAAUAAAGUGCAUCAGCUCUGA